AUGGUCAUUUUGAGUAGAAAUAAAGUAAUUAUACAGCUAAACAUAUCAAACUCAAUUCAUUAUGAUCUAUAAUAAAGGUAUAAGGAUCCUAAAUAUAAAAAAUUAAUAUAAAAUGAGAAAUAGAAAGUGAAAGAAUAAAUCUAUAAAUUUCCUAAUGAUAUUAAAUACUCAACUUAUUUGAACCAUUAUCAACAUAAUAGUUUAUGUGACUAAAUACAACACAAUCCUUUGCAAAUUGAUUAGAUUAGAACCCCUACCAAUUUCAAUCAACAUGUGGUUUCUCAAAUCUUUUCUUCAAUGCAAUCCAUGGAUAAAAAAGUUACUUAACUAAAAUCCUCGAAUUAGUAUAGUGUCCCUAAAUAAGAAGAGGUCUUAGCUAAAGCAAGGUAAUAUUACUCUUAAACCUAGAACAAACUAUAUGCAAAUUAUCCUUAAAAAUAGCAAUUUUAAUCAUAAAUAUAUGGCAAAAAGCAGUAAUUCUAAUCCCCAUAAUAAUUCGAAAGGAAUUAAUAAUGGAAGGAAUCUCCUCAAUUUGUCUAAUCCCAAAUCAUUACUCCACCUUAAUAAUAAAGAUAUUAAUCUGUUUAACAUUAUCAAUAAAAAAUGUCAACGACCAGUUAUAUAGGGGGUUUUUAAAAUGUGGCUCAAAUUUGAGGUUGGUAAUAUAAAUUAAAAUGAUUGCAAUUAAAAUAAAUUCCAAUUAAAUAAAGUACUAGGCUAUUCUAUAUUAAUUUCAGCUUAAAGUUAACAUUUUCUUUUUAUAAACUUACAAUUUUUUU